AUGGAAACUGGGGAAGGGGGAGCUAGUCACGGCAUCGAUAUUAAUCCGAGAGACAACGACGAGCGCCUCAUAGCCAAGAUGAAAGGCGAGAUCUUCAAGAGUAACCCAUCUUUACCUCGCGAAACCGUCACCAGUGAAAAGCGUUGCAUCUACCGGCCUCCUGAGCGGUUCAAGAACAUAAACGGUAAGUGGCUCGAGCCCCAGGUGGUCGCCAUCGGGCCCUACCACCGCCUCAACCCUAAGCUCCAGAUGAUGGAGGGGGUCAAAUGGCGGAGUCUCGGCUACUUUGUCAGGAAUAAAGAGGGAGACUACCUGGGGAAGUGCUUGAAACAAAUACGUCCACUUGAAGGACAACUCAGGGCGUGUUAUUCUUCUUCAGAAACCAUCAACCUUAGUACCGAUGAGUUCCUUCAAAUGAUGGUAGUUGAUGGUUGUUUUAUAUUAGACUUGUUUCUCAACUUUGAGAAAGAGGUGAUUCUCAAUUUUGAGAAAGGAGAAACGUCCGACCACCCUCUCUGUUGGCUGAAGAGCCAGAAGAGGGUAAUAGUUUCCAAGAUCUACGCAGAUUUACUCCUGCUUGAGAAUCAGAUCCCGUCUAUUGUUCUGAAGGAGUUAUAUGGAAUUUGCAGUAAGCCUGGUGAUGAGUCCUUGUCCAAUAUCGCCACAGAAGUUUUCAAGAAAUCAAUGCUGGAAAUUGAUCCAUUCGAUAGAAAAAGGCCUCCCCUCGAAUGGUUGCAUUUGCUGGACCUUGUUCGGUCGCUAUUUAUCCCACGCGCUCAUAAUGAGAAGCUAUGCCGGUGGAUGUUCGCACUAUUCAGUCCAACUCCCUGUGUCACGAAGCUACGCCGUGCGGGGAUUAAGAUCAAGAGGGAUAUGCCGGACAGCUUCUUGGAGGUAAAAUUCAAGGGAGGUGUGAUUGAAAUGCCCGUUAUAGCCCUCGACCACCAAAUGUGCUCAUUGUUAGUGAACUGUGUGGCAUUCGAGCAGUGCCACAAUUGUUCCACGCACUUCUCGAUUUACGCCACCUUCUUGGAUGGCUUUGUCAACACCGACAAGGACAUCGAGUACCUUAGUGACCGUCGAAUCAUUGCGAAUUCCUUUGGGACCGACGCCGAGGCUGCUGGCUUCAUCAACAACUUGGGCCAGGACUUAACUAUAUAUAACGAGUAUGAUAACAAUACCUCUUAUUUAAUUGAGUUCUUCCUAGAUGUAAACCGGUACUAUUAUCGGAAAAGGAUGCAUUGGAACAAAUGGCAGUGGACGAGCUUCAAGCGCGAGUAUUUUGGUAAGCCAUGGAUGUUGAUUUCGGCAUUUGUUGCGUUUGUGCUCUUAGCGCUAACAUUUCUGCAGACCUUCUACACCAUCUAUGCAUAUCAUCUGCAUCCUAAAAACUAA